ACUAUCAUAAAAAUACGAUUAUGACACGUAGCACGUGAUGUGGGGUUGACCCACGUACAUAGACAUGAUUACGUGGACAUGACCGAACUCGGUCACCUAUUACGUGCACGAUUAUCCGUUUUAAACAAACUAUCCUAAAUUUAUCAAUGGUUUGGGUUUCCACACAAAACUAUUAUGGUUAGAAAUAGGGUUUGAGUAUUUAUAAAUUGGGUUCCUUCCUUGCCUAAUUCUCAAACAGCUACAACUCGGAUCCAAGAUGUCGGGAUUCAUCGAGAAAAUCGGAGAGAAGCUCCACAUCGGCGAGCAUCAUCAUGAGGCGCACAAAGGCGAGCAUCAUCAUAAAGACGCGUACAAGGGCGAGCAUCACCAACACGCGCACAAAGGCGAGCAUCAUAAAGACGUGCACAAAGGCGAGCAUCACCAACACGCGCACAAAGGCGAGCACAAGGUAGGCCUGGUCCACAAGAUCAAGGACAAGAUCCAUGGAGAUCAUCAUCACCACGACAAAGCCGACAAGAAGAAGAAGAAGAAGAAAGACAAGAAAAAGGAUGGCGACGACCACCACCACCACGGUGGCCACAGCAGCAGCGGCAGCGGUAGCGACAGCGACUGAUCCACCAUCGCCACCGACGCCACUGCCACCACCAUCCAUUUUUUUAAUGUACAAUUCUGUUUGUGCAACAUCUCUUCUCAUUCUUUUAUUUUACAAAAUUACGAGAAAAAAAACACACAAGUGAUGUUAAUGAUAUUUAGUACUAAAUUAUAUAGAUAAAUUGAACUAGUCCAUUAAUUUUUGAAAUAAAAUAAAAUGAACACUACUUCCAACAAUAGAGGAUUGCCGCCGCCGCCACAGCAUCUAGUCGGAGUCGCUGUCGCUGCUGUGGCCGCUGCCUUCUUCUUCUUCUUCUUU